AAUAAUCCCAACUGUAGGUGAUUUAAUUUUAAUUAUCCCAACUAAGGUUUAUGAUCUAAUAAUCCUAACUAUGCUAUUAGUUUGCCUCCAAUGGUCCCAAUGACCGAUAACCUGUUGAAAGUGUUUUUAUUUUUUUUUUUUUUUUUAUUUUUUAUUUUAAUAGCCACGUGUCAACACAUGAUAGAUCCAAAAUAAAAAUAAAAAAUUAAUAAAAACAAUAAAAAAAAAUCCCAAAAAUUCGAGCACCUUGCCAGAACUCGGCCGACCACCCCCCUUAACCACCUAAACUUGCCGGUUGACCCCCUUUAACCCACCCCCAAAACCACCUCCUAGCCAAGCCCGACCCCAAAAACUCGAAUUGUUCAAGCUUUGUAUUUGAGGCUCCGAUGACGAUAAUGUCACCGACCUGCCUGGGACUUUGCCGCCUACUUCAAAGCCAUCGCCAAAGAACACGCCCGCCGUUACACCACCUCCUUCGACUAAAAAGUCGUUGCGAAGGUGUGACUGCAGGUGGUUAUUUAGGGGUCGAGGUUGGCUGGGCAGGUGAUUUUUGGGGUCGGGGUUGGUUGGGCACGUGGUUUUGGGGGCGGGGUUGGCUGGCCGGUUGGUUACGGUGGCUAAAAGGGGGUGGUCGACCGGGCCGGCGAGGUUAGGGGGUGGGGGGUUAGCGUUUCACGGCUGGGGAAAAGGUGACUGGGAUUUUUUGUUUUUUUUUACAAAAAUUUUAAUUUUUUUUUUUUUAAUUUUGGACCAAUCACGUGUUGGCACGUGUCAUGGUUACCUGUUAUAAUAGGUCGUUGACUUGGUGUUGAUCGGUUGGGACCAUUGGAGGCAAACACAUAGCAUAGUUGGGAUUAUUAGAUAAUAAACCUUAAUUGAGCUUAUUAGAAGUAAAUCGCCCAUAAUUGGGAUUAUUAAAGUUUAUUUAUUUUUUACGACAAAUGGUCAACAUUGUUAUGAAGUUCAUGGACUUUGGCCAACUUGAUGAGCAACGAAGUCCGCAAUGAAGAAGUGAUUCAAACUCUUUCUCCGCUCACAUGGAAUUUACACAAAUUACUUCCCAUUUUUCAAUGUCGCCGUUGUUGGUGGUGGGUUGUUUCUCAUGUCCACCAUUAACGUGUUUGUUACUUCUCCACUUCCCUUCUUUUCCGUUAAUUAUUCUCUUAAUAUUAAUCAAAACUUGCCCUUUUCAUAUUAUCAAUGCUUUCUUCAAUCAUCUCCACUAUGAAUUUCUCUCUCUUCUUCUCAUCUUUAAGCUUCAAUAAGGCACUGAAAUUGGGGGUAUGGUCAAUUUGGUUAUCUGGGUUUACAUUAAUUUGCUUCUCAUUUUAUGCAACUCAGUUCUUACCUACUGUCAAAGUUGAAUUCAGAAAAUCCAGUUUUUUGUACCCAAGAAAUUCAGCUGAUAUGAGUGAUCCCACUAUAACCCUUUUUAGUGCUCCAAGCCCGUUUAAUGGCUCUGUAGGAAAAAGGCAGGGUCUUGCUGUUCGAUCAUGGCUAGGAUUAUCUCCUAACAUCAAUGUUGUUUUAUUUGGCAAUGACCCAUCUGUUCAAUCCUUUGCUUCUGCCUUUGGCUCUCGAGUUUAUGUCGAAUCCGACAUCGAUUUCUCAUUCCUAAAUGUUCCAUUCUUCCAUUCCAUGGUUGGUAGAGCUGAGGCAUCCUCUUCAGAUAUAUCUGUUCUUAUUCAUCCUGAAACCAUCCUCCUUCAAGACUUUCUUUCCACUGUAAAUCAUGUUUAUGAGCUUGAUCAUGAUUGGUUCCUUAUUGCCUCCUCAAAAAGAAGUUAUUUCUUCCCGUUCUCUUUGGAUAAUGUUGGAAGGCAAUGGCUAAGAGAGGAUGGUAUACCCAUUUCAUUGCAGAAGUUGCAGGAGGUUCUUGCUCAGACAUGGCAAUGGGAUUAUUGCAGAGGGAGGAUGCUUAUGGCUUGGAAUAACAAGGAUCUGCCUUUACAUAUGGGCGUUCUCCCUCCCUUCUUAUAUGGGAAAGGAGUACAUAAUCAUUGGUUCGUUAAUGAAAUAUAUCAUUCCAACUAUAGGUUUGUGUUUGAUGCAAGUUGGACUAUCUCUAAUUUUCACGUGCAGGAUUCAGAUGAUCAUGAACCUAUUCAAUCUAAUAGAGAGUCCACUUUUGUUGAUCAUACAAAGACAAACUGGGAGUACAGUGGUAAUCUUCAACUUGCAGAAUUGUAUGGCCUAUUAUCUUCUAAUCAAGCUAAUUUCUCUGAUUUCGCAAAGCUUGUAAAGUGUGAUGGAAAAUUUAUGUUUACCAACAAAGACCAGAAUAUUGUUUAUUCACCUAAACUUUACGGCUCAAAUAGCUUGUGGAAGGGGCAAAUCCUGCAGUCUACGAUGCAAAAGAAACUAAACGCUUGUCUUGCUGGAUUUAGCUCCUCUGCUAGGAUUAUGAAUUGCUCUGUUGAGAGCAAGAUGAGUGGUCCUGUACCCCUACAUCUUCCAUAUGGCUUAGAAAUUCUCCUGUCUAAUUUAGCUGAUGAAAACAAGACCGUGGUGCUUGCUGUUGCUGGAUACAGCUACAAGGACAUGUUAAUGAAUUGGGUUUGCAGAUUGCGGCAUUUAAUGAUUAAUAAUCUUCUUGUCUGCGCCCUUGAUGAUGAAACAUACGAGUUCUCUAUCCAACAGGGCAUCCCUGUUUUCAGGGACUCGUUAGCACCAAGAAAUAUCAGUUUCAAUGACUGUCACUUUGGGACUAAGUGCUUUCAAAAGGUCACCAAGACAAAAUCCAGAUUAGUUUUGCAGGUUUUGAAGCUGGGAUAUAAUGUAAUUUUAAGUGAUGUUGAUGUUUACUGGUUCAAAAAUCCAAUUCCAUUACUACAGACUUUUGGUCCUGCUGUAUUUGUUGCACAAUCUGAUGAAUACAAAGUAUCAGUGCCUAUUAACUUACCAAGACGCUUGAACUCUGGAUUCUAUUUUGUUCGGUCUGAUGAUCCUACCAUUGCUGCCAUGGAGAAAGUGGUGAUGCACGCUAUGACUUCAGACCUAUCCGAGCAGCCAAGUUUUUAUGACACUCUAUGUGGUCUAGAUGGCGCAAAUCGUGUUGGAGAUAAUAGAUGCUGGGAACCCAGAACAAAUCUUACUGUUCAAUUUCUGGACAGGAACCUCUUCCCUAAUGGUGCUUACCAAGGCUUGUGGGAGGAAAGAAAUGUUCGAGCAGCUUGUGUAAAAAAGGGAUGUUACGUUCUUCAUAAUAAUUGGAUUAGUGGUAGGACAAAGAAGCUAAAACGUCAGGUACAUUCAGGUCUAUGGGACUAUGACAUCAGCUCAAGGAUGUGUUUGCAUAGCUGGCAAAGAAGGAAGGUGCUAAAAUAGCUGUAGGAAUUCAAACCUCUUGACCUUGAUUUUAAAUAAGCUGAACAGCUGAUUAACAAUGUGCAGUUCUGUUUGUUCCCAAACUGGGUCUUGGUGUGGCCUUGCUUUGGCAGAAAGAACACAAGGUCAGUAGAAUCUCACUCCAAAAUGGAUAUAAAAGAGAUACAUUAGUGCAUUUGCUGGAUUCUAUGCAUGCUGACCAUAUUUCCCUAAAGAUGUGCUUUUUUUUUUUUUUUUUUUUUUUUUUUUUUGCUGACAUGCUGAAGAGCUGCUUUAGUUUCUGGGACUAGUAUAAUACAUCUUUGGAAAUGAAAAUAAAAAAGUAAGAUGUUGAAUGUCUGCAUGAUCUAAAACCUAUCAGGAGCUUCUUCCAGGAAAAUAGUAUCAAAAGGUGUUCUUCCAAGACCAUUUUUGUUUAAGAUUUUGAUCAGUGUGGAGAAUAAGGAAAGGAUGAUGAUUCUUUUUUCAUGUCUCUGAUUAGAGGGUGCUUCCUAGGCUGUCUGACUCGAGUGACAUCUAUAGGUCAUCCAAGAUUUUAUGGUAUGUUAUCCCUCUAUUACCUUUGAAAUCAAUGUCUGUCCACAAAUCUAAAGUGCUUAUUUUUAUGUAACUAAGAUUCUUGGCUUUGCACAUAUGCUUUAAGUUGGCAGAACUCUGUGAUAUAGAUGUAUGCUUAUGUGUUGUAUUCAAACAGUAUAAUCUAUGUUGUUCUCUGCAAAUACUUGGGAAUUUAUUGGUUGCAUACAUAGUGAUUGUUUAAUUACAGAUACCGUAAGAAACAUGAUUCAAAUCAUGAAUUAUCUUAUAUUCUACAAA